CAACUUUCUACGACCUCCCCUCCCACCCCAAGGGAAAAGAAUAAAAUAAAAAUACCGUUGUUUGAUGACACACCUGAAUGCAACAUUUCAGCUUACGCACUUCAAAUUUAUUGCUUUAGUCGACUUUUUACUUUGGAUCUCGACUUCCCAACCUCCAAUAUUGAUCCAACAACGUGACGAGAAUCCUGUUAACCCAUCAGCCUAUCUUGCCGGCCUCGUGAUUCACUACUCAGAACAAGAUCAAACAAUCGUCAACGAUUUCACGAUGUCAUCUGCUACAGGCAGCCUUCUACCUAGCCAACUGGCCUUGAUUUUCACCCACGAACUCAUGAAUAUGAGCGCCUGCGAAGCCAGGGACAAAUGGUACAGGCUUGCUGAAGCCAGCGGGCUCAGUAAAUAUGUUGCCAGAUUCCUCGCCAUUGGGCUGGCAUCCACGGGCACUGUAGGUAGUGGGCCAGGACAAUGGAUCAGAGCUUUGGAUAAGAUCAUAAAGCCCACAAUAUGGAAGGAGGGGGAGCGCGAAAAGGGCAUGAAUUUUGUUAUCGACACAGUCGUACCGAGCGACAAGCCGAGCGAUGGCUCCCACUUCUCUCUACUAUCUUUCGCCUUCAGCCAUUCGCGCGAAUUACUAUUCUAUCGUGUUCUUACCACUCAAGAUUUGACUUUGGACAUGCUGAUGAUUUCUCCGAGCACCUUUCAGCUGGCCCUUGACGACGAGAUGCAGGCUUAUGCCAAAAAGGGAUUCUACGUUUACUGGAAUACCUUUGUCCAAGGGCCCUGGGCAGAUGAUUUCGUCAGAGACCAUAUCUAUGAGAAACAUAGGGUUAACAGGUAUCAACUUCCAGGUUUACCAGAGAGUCCCUACAGCAGAAGCGACAUUCAGGAAUGGCUUGACUCUAAAAAACUUCUGAAUUAUUACAAACGCGCCGUCCAGCAGCCGCCCAAUCGCUUGUCUCUGGACUCCAACAACAGCGCCACGCCUAAAGACGAUUUACUCGACAUGUUCGGAUCUCUCACAUUAGAAACAGAUUCUGAUACUGGUGACAAGGGACAUUCCAUGGAUACGUCCUAAAACAAGGCUUCCCACGCAGAUCAAUGGAUGGGAACCAGCUUGCUAGCCCAUAAUAGCCACACACGCAAACCACACCCGGAUUUUUUACACGGUUUAUUAGACAGCCACAGCCAGAGAUGCGCGACCAGUCAAGCAGCAGUUGAAAAGAGACUGACCAAGAGUGAUCUUUUCUGGUUCAGAGGAGGAGUUUUGCUUCUCAAUUCCCGGUCGGAUAUGGGACGGACAUUCGCACCGAAGCCUGGAAGGAUAGCGAAGGUCGAAAUCAACGUGAUAGUUAGUUAUGGUUCACCAAGCGUUCUGUUGCUUUUCUUCCUUAGACUUUGAGAGAUUAUUCUAGCUGUACAUUGUCUGAAUAAUCAUUCCGAUUUCAUU